CUUCUCCUUGGUGUGAAGCCAAAAGCAGUUGGGUAGUUGUUCUUCCCACUGCAGCGGGAAAGCUACAACCAGCUUCUCGCUGCUGUAUGUCUAGCUAAUAUUACUCAUUAGCUUUGAAAACGAACGUCAUUCUCGGUGUACAUUUUUUAAUGUUCAUCUUGGAAGUCAGGACAUACUAAUUAACAUAAAGAGUAAGGAGAGAGAUGUCGUACUACUCAUCAUCGUCAUCUCGCAGUUCCUCCAGAAACUUGGAGUGUAAGGUGUAUGUGGGAGAUCUAGGAGGAGGAGCUGCUAAAGGAGAAAUUGAAAGGGCUUUUGGCUACUAUGGCCCUUUGCGCAGCGUUUGGGUGGCCAGGAACCCUCCUGGUUUUGCUUUUGUGGAAUAUGAAGAUGCCAGGGAUGCAGAGGAUGCAGUGAAAGGAAUGGAUGGAAAGCUACUGGGUGGCUCUCGGAUUCGCGUGGAGCUGUCCACUGGCAUGUCUAGGAAGAGCCGAUAUGGCCGAUCCAGCCGCCGUCCAUUUGAUCCAAAUGAUAGAUGCUAUCAGUGCGGAGACAGGGGACACUAUGCUUACGACUGCUACCGCUUCAGCAAGCGAGGACGUCGAAGCAGAUCCCGGUCUCGAUCUCGCUCCAGAUCAAGGAGCCGCCGCAACCGUUCACGAUCUCGAAGCCGCAGCUAUAACCGGAGGCACCGUUCUCCAUCUUAUUCAAAACGCAGGAGCAGGUCUGGCACUCCAGCUCGCUCAAAAUCGAGGACUCCUGCUCGGAGUCGCUCUCGGUCACGCUCUCGAUCUGGAUCUGCCUCGCGCUCUCGCUCCAGAUCCAGGUCCCACUCUCGCAGCCUUAAGAGGCGCAGAUCCAGUUGAUUAGCUACAGAGAGUGAACGAGAUCACCCGCCAAAACAAAAAGAAAGCAAGCACAAAUCUGUCUUGAUCAGACUCCGGUGACCAAAUGCUGCAGGCUGUUCUUGUUUUUUCUUAAAGAGUGCGGGAGUGGAAGGCACUGACCAGGGCUCGUCCUUGCCAUGUUAAACGUCCUCCAGGAGGGUGACAAAAGAGCUUACCCGAGAUCAGCCUCCUGCCGCGCUGCUUUAAAGAGAUCGUCCAAGGGCAUCCUGCGCGUACUCAGUUUUCCACCCGCCCCACUCCCAUCCCAUGCACUACUACUGCAGACCAGAAAUGCUGGGCUGAGAGUUUUGGGCUCCCCCCCUCCCCCCUUUCCCUUUUUUCCUUCAAAGCUCUGGCUACAUGAUUAGCUUCUGAGAAGGGUGUGUGAGAGAAAAAGAGAGACGAGAGAUCAGUCUACAAGACCUCUGCGAGUGUGUCUUCGAGUUCUAGCAUCCGUCGCUUCUCUGUAUGUUGUUUCCGCCACUGUCUGCAAAGGUAACCAACCCAAGAGUUACUGUCCUUCUUGAUAUGAGCCCUGGUUCUAAUAAGGCCAGAUUCUCUUUAAACCUUUACUUAAUGCUAAACAUGUGCAGAGCAUAUUAUGAUUAACACCCUGUGAGAGUGAGUGUGUGUAGCUGUGAGAGUGAGUGCAACUGUAAGGGAAACCCACAUGGUUUCGUGUGUGUGUUUUUAGAAGUCUAACUCUGGUUUAGAGAAAUGAAUUGGAUUUUCUGGAUAAUGUGGUACUGUUAAAUAGAGAAGGGAUUUAGAAAUUUUGUAGAUGGCUCAUGUGAGAUGGUGGCACUCUUGGGUUCUAAAAUGGUCUAUCAGUAGGUGAAGCAGUCUCGACCCCGUUGCAGCCAGCAGCAAUUUGCUUCAAGCAACUCAUCACUUUAAAGAAAUAUUACAGCAUUUUCUGAUACACCUCAUCUGUAGCAUAUGUGUCUGUAACACAUUUCCCUGUGACUAGGAAAAGAACAGCAACCUGCGUAUGCAAAAAUUGCUUAUAAUAGAAGGCUAAAGGCAGUUGGCGAAUUCCAUCAAUAAAUAUUUAUGACAAUCUUUGUAGAAGAUUCACUUUGUCAUGAAUUUUUUGUUGUGCAGUUCUGAUCUCACACCAUAAAACCUUUAUACCACAAAAAUCCUAGUAAGUAGGCAGAUUGACUUUUUAUUGUUUUAGCAUUUGAAUAAUAUUGUAAAACCAUCUUGGGUAAGAUUUUCUGGCAUGUUUGUCUCACCUUAAUUUUGGUGAACAUUUGGGUGGACAAAUGAUAAAUUUAUUAGCGAGCCCAUCUGGUAAGUGAAAGCCCAACUGUGCCACCCACAUCUGUUUAUUUAUUUUUUUUAUUUUUUAUUUUUUUUUGCUUGCUUGGAAACCUAAUUGACUAUGCUAAAAAUGGUAACUAACAAUGUAUAUACCGUAUAACAUAUAACCAGCUAGUUAGUUAAGUGCAUGAAUACAAACUAAACAAAGCAAAUUAAGUUUAUGAUUAUUAUAAGACGAACUUUAUUGAUCCCCAAGGAAAUUUGGAAAGGAAGUUGCUCAAGACAAUACAAAACGGUGAAGAUAACGAUUAAUAAAUUUUGAAAAAAAAGAUGGAUACUUUAAGACAUAAUAGUAAGAAAACAGAAAUAGUUUUUUAAACACUGCAAAAAUAUAAUGUAGUAAUACAUUUUAAAAUUAAUAGUAGAGUUUGUCUUUUUCUGGUAGUUGGACCUACUUUUCUGCAGGCCACUAUGAAUAAAAAACAAAUUUAUUAAGACAGAAUCUGCUUGAUUCAAGCACAUGUUUGCCUCACACCUCCGGAUUUGGGGGUUCGAGUCCCGUAUCCAUCCUCUGUGCAUGGAGUUUGCAUGUUCUCCCCAAGCUUGAGGGGUUUCCUCUGUGUACUACGGUUUCUUCCCACAGUCCAAAUACAUGCAUUGUAGGUUGAUUGGCGUUUCCAAAUUGUCUGUAGUGUGUGAAUGGGUGUGUGAAAGUGUGUGUGAUUGAACCCUGUGAAGGGUUGGCACCCAGUCCAGAGUGUUCCCCGCCUUGGGAUAGGCUCCAGGCUCCCUGCAGCCCUGUGUAGGAUAAGCGGUAUGGAAAAUGGAUGGAUGGAUGUUUAUUGAGAGCAUUUAACAUCUGCCAUUUGACCUUCAUUAUGAUUAAACAGUUUUUCAUUCUUUUAUCAGUACAGAGAAAUGUAUCAGUGCUAAUUACACAUGCCCUACAGAUGCAGAGGAGUCUGAUUAGAAAUAUGCUGGAGUAUUUCUUUAAUUUUGUUUUUCAGUGCUCAGCUGCUUUCCAAGUGUUUAACAUUUACAACUAUAUGACAGAUUUAAACAGGACAGUUUCAGUAUUUCUUAAGCUUUCAGUACCAGUGUUUUGUAGCUCAUGAUGUUUUACGGUUCUUUUAUAUCUAGAUAUGUUGUGUAGUUCUCAAGCAGCACUGAAAGAGGUCAAGAUCAAACAUUGGAAUAAGAGCCAUCCAGGAGGAAUAUGGUUGAAGCCGUGCUAAGUUCAUUUAUUAUUUUGUAAGUGUUGGAUAUAUACAUAUUCUCCUCACUGAAGGGCUCUUUCUCUGUGUUCCAGUCAUUCCAGGUCCCCCAGCCCGAAAAAAAGCCCCACAUCUUCCGGUGAAGAUCGAGUGGAGAAGAACUCCUAAACACAAAUCACUUAUCCACCUUUUUUUUUUGCACCCUGUUUUUCGUCACAUGAAUCUUAUACAAUCAUGGAAUCUGUUCAGUUCUGCUUGUCUGAAAGAAUUUAUUCACUCUAAUAUGUUUACCUUAAAAUUAUUGAUUGUUUAGCAUAAAUGAUUUCCCUCCUUGAUUUAUAAAUUGACACUUGUAUAUUUUUGCUUUACAUAUUAAUUAGAAAGAAAUGAUAGUACUCAAAAUGACUGUACUGAGUUUUCUGUUUUGCCUGUAAGUUUACACUGGAAAUGAAAAAAACUAAUAAAGUGUUCUAGCAUGACACAAGA